UGCCGAGCUACGCGUUUACAAAACGCGCCUCGGACAAUUAAACAAUUGGGAGCCCAGAGUGGAUAAGUAGACGUUAAGAAAAAACAGAUUUUCCGUUUCAGAUAAUAAUGAAAUGACAACAAUGGAGCGGUUUGCGCAAGGCGUUCGCACGGCGAAGGAGCGAGUGGGGCGUAUUUUAUAUAGGAGAGUGAAGUGCGCCGGCGCAGCCGUAGCGUCGUCAUGUAGCUACGGCUGCCCAAGCGAGAUGAUCCUCCUCGUACUCCUCGCGUGUCUCGCCACAGCCUCCGCUCAAAACACCACCGAACAUGCCACCACUGACGUUAUACAACCAGCGACUAAUUCCACCAAAGAAAUCCUCAAGGCCAGCGAAACAGCUGACCCCGCGAAGGUAGGAAUCGUGAAACAAAUUCGACGUCUGAACGAAGAUGGCUCCUACACUAUCGGCUAUGAAGCUGACGAUGGUACCUUCAAAAUCGAGAGUCGGGACGUUCUAGGAAAUGUGAAAGGAACUUUCGGAUACGUAGACAAGGACGGCGAAAUAAAACGUGUGACUUAUUCAUCUUCGAGUGACGUUACACCAGCUCCGGUGCCGGUGACGACGAGCACCACUCCCAGCACGCCUACAAUGGUAAUAAGAGUGAAUAAAACAGUGUCUUCCACUACUAGGAGGCCAUUAGGUACUAUAGUGUAUCCCACUAGGAGCAGUUUUACUACCAGAGGAACAGUGAUCCAAAACAUUCCUAGAAGACGUCCGAUACCGAGUUCCACCAGAGCUACCACUAGCGCAGCUGAAACUACGACAGAAAAACAAACGGCCGAGGAAACUACUAGCAACAUCUUAAACCUUUACAAGCCCAAGUCAGAAGAAAGUGUUAAAACGCGUACGCAAAUGCUAAAACCUGUUGCAGUGACAGUGAAGGACGAUUUAAUAACGAAGCAAACCACGACCAAGUUACCUCAAACAAUAAAACCAGUGUACGAACACGUGAAAGAAGAUAGCGAUUCGAACAAAGCGAACACGAUCCGUAGGGAACUCACAGAGACGAGUCCGAAUCCUCAUAUGGUGAGCCUGCGGCAGUCCGCUGGUGAUGACUCCACAGAUGUUUACGGCAGUCAUUUAUCUUUGGGUACAGUGCGACCAUUGUUCACGACUACUACCCAGCGUCCCAGGCUUGUGCCAAUACAUUCCCUAGUAGCUGCUAGACAGAAAAUACAACAACAAUACCAAGAAGUUCCCAUUCAAGAGCAGGAAACGACUAUUGAAGCCAGUACCGGACGCGUUUUCGACCACGAAAAUGUUGUGACUUCAAAUCCUGUUCCAGUCAUCCACAUACCACCCGAAAGGUACGACGAGAGGCUGUACCAGCAGCCGAUUUAUAGAAGACCACCAGCAGCAGUACAGUUUAGAACGAACGAGUACUUGAAAGACAAUCCUGGUUCUCCUGUUCCAAUAGGUAACCAGCGGCCCUUUCACCACUACGAAUAUCAGAACAAAGUAUUGGAGCCUCAGUACGUGAAAGAAACCUCUCCUCCACCUCCACAAACCAAACCGACUACUCCUGAGCCAGUGACGGUACCGUACGACGCGAGACCGGUGACUCGAAUAAUACCAAUACCAGUGGACGAUAGAGGAGUGCCUAUCCACGGUUAUCAGGCGAGAUUCAUCAACCCAUACAGGCCAACACAACCUCCACCAAUGGUGUACCAGCCGAGAUACGAGCCAGUAGACGAGAUGAACUCCAUCUCCGCUCCAGUGAGUACUAGAGAUUUGAGACGUUUGCUGCACAUCCUGAUUUUAAGGCAGAAUCGCUUGCAAGCUUUGAUGGAUCAACUAGUGGCUCCUGGACCGCCUUACCAGCCUGUUCAACUGUUCAGGCAAGAACCUCAGUAUUACAACAGAUAUGAGGCUCCUCGUCACUACCAGGAUGAAGACCGGUACGAUUAUCGAUAUGAGCAGCAGCAACAACAACAGCAGUACAGGCAGCAAGACGCUUAUUCUAAUCAGAUGUCUAACUACGAGAAUCCUCAGUAUGAAAGCCAGCGAUACGUGCCAAGAAGGAGAUUGUACAAUAGACCUUAUGAUACAGCCAGUUCGUCGUCGAAUCGUAUUGAGGAUUCACCAGAAUACCUGCCUGCGGACAUUCGUGAAGCGCUGCUUCUGAAGAUGCUGAUGUUAGCAAUUAAUCCUGACUUCAUGCCUACCCCGCCACCUCCUACCGAAUUGACGACGGCUGCUCCUCCGAGGAAACAAGUGAGAAACGUACAGAUCCUCGGGGAAGAAGGCUCCGUGGAGGAAGCGAAAAGAGCACCCAUGCAAGAGCACUGAGGUAAAAUUUCCAAUGUACCUAAUUUAUUCAGUGAUUUAAUAUAUUGCCAGUAGAAUACUCACCUGAAAAUGUACAUAAUGUUUAUUUUAGUAAAGUGUUUAAAUUUUUAACAAUAUUGCUGUUUGAUUUCGUUUGCCAAUUUCAAU